AUGCUACGUGCUAGCUUCUCCCACAGAGCCCCGGCCCUGCGUCUCUUUCACACCUUUUCCUGCAGCUCAGAACCACAGCAGCUCAGAACCACAGCAGCUCAGAACCACAGCAGCUCAGAAACUCAGAACCACAGCAGCUCAGAAACUCAGAACCACAGCAGCUCAGAACCACAGCAGCUCAGAACCACAGCAGCUCAGAAACUUAGAACCACAGCAGCUCAGAAACUUAGAACCACAGCAGCUCAGAAACUUAGAACCACAGCAGCUCAGAAACUCAGAACCACAGCAGCUCAGAAUCUCAGAACCACAGCAGCUCAGAACCACAGCAGCUCAGAACCACAGCAGCUCAGAACCACAGCAGCUCAGAAACUCAGAACCACAGCAGCUCAGAAACUCAGAACCACAGCAGCUCAGAAACUCAGAACCACAGCAGCUCAGAACCACAGCAGCUCAGAAUCUCAGAACCACAGCAGCUCAGAACCACAGCAGCUCAGAACCACAGCAGCUCAGAACCACAGCAGCUCAGAACCACAGCAGCUCAGAAACUCAGAACCACAGCAGCUCAGAAACUCAGAACCACAGCAGCUCAGAACCACAGCAGCUCAGAACCACAGCAGCUCAGAAACUCAGAACCACAGCAGCUCAGAAACUCAGAACCACAGCAGCUCAGAACCACAGCAGCUCAGAAACUCAGAACCACAGCAGCUCAGAACCACAGCAGCUCAGAAACUUAGAACCACAGCAGCUCAGAAACUUAGAACCACAGCAGCUCAGAAACUCAGAACCACAGCAGCUCAGAACCACAGCAGCUCAGAAACUCAGAACCACAGCAGCUCAGAACCACAGCAGCUCAGAAACUUAGAACCACAGCAGCUCAGAAACUCAGAACCACAGCAGCUCAGAAACUUAGAACCACAGCAGCUCAGAAACUUAGAACCACAGCAGCUCAGAAACUCAGAACCACAGCAGCUCAGAAACUCAGAACCACAGCAGCUCAGAACCACAGCAGCUCAGAAACUCAGAACCACAGCAGCUCAGAACCACAGCAGCUCAGAAACUCAGAACCACAGCAGCUCAGAACCACAGCAGCUCAGAAACUCAGAACCACAGCAGCUCAGAAACUCAGAACCACAGCAGCUCAGAAUCUCAGAACCACAGCAGCUCAGAACCACAGCAGCUCAGAAACUCAGAACCACAGCAGCUCAGAAACUCAGAACCACAGCAGCUCAGAAACUUAGAACCACAGCAGCUCAGAAACUUAGAACCACAGCAGCUCAGAAACUUAGAACCACAGCAGCUCAGAAACUCAGAACCACAGCAGCUCAGAACCACAGCAGCUCAGAAACUCAGAACCACAGCAGCUCAGAAACUCAGAACCACAGCAGCUCAGAACCACAGCAGCUCAGAAACUCAGAACCACAGCAGCUCAGAACCACAGCAGCUCAGAAACUUAGAACCACAGCAGCUCAGAAACUUAGAACCACAGCAGCUCAGAAACUCAGAACCACAGCAGCUCAGAACCACAGCAGCUCAGAAACUCAGAACCACAGCAGCUCAGAACCACAGCAGCUCAGAAACUCAGAACCACAGCAGCUCAGAAACUUAGAACCACAGCAGCUCAGAAACUCAGAACCACAGCAGCUCAGAACCUCAGAAACUCAGAACCACAGCAGCUCAGAAACUUAG